GAUGUGUCCCAUCACUAUUGGUGACAUCGGAUGACCUUCACGACGGAAGCAGACAUUUUGCACAUCUCUCUUGUUUGACGGCGAUGAACCACCCGGGAGUUCUCCCCUGCACCAUCACGUCGCCUAGCAACCGGCCCCGCGCUGGAUUACACUGGAUUACCUGACGGGCGAGGCGGAUGUGCACGCGCACUGCACAGUAACUGUGUGAUUUGCACUUGUGUGGAGUAAACACAUCGGUGGGAGGUGAUGCUAAGGGCGGGGUUCUUUUCCAGAUGCCGGGUGAACCAGUGAUGACAACACCACAUUCACACACAAAAAAAAGUUUAGCAACCGGAGAGUGAGCUAGCUGCAACUCAAUACGUCCAAUGUUCCUCCUCGGUCGCUCGCUGCGACACAAGCGCGACCUUUACUGCAGGGGGACACGUUUCGAUUCCGGUUUGCUCUGAGCGAUGUACAGCACGGUUGCUCUUUUCUCUUCUUCUGUCUUAACUUUGGUACCUUUUCCGUACGGCAAGCGGGUGGCCCUCGAGGCGCACACGCGAAGGGCUGCCCGGAGUUCAACGAAGCUCUGGCUUUAGCAAAGGAAGCAGCUCAUCCCCGCUAUGAGCGGACAAGGGAGCGGGAGGACGAGCCGCCGCUAACACCGUUAAAUCAACAGACACGCCGCGUUUCACCGCGGAGACUUUGGGGACACGUUGCAGCGGAGGGAAGUUAGCCGGGGCUAGCCGGUGAAUCCCACCUAAAAGUCAAGCUCUCCUCUCCUCCUGCAGGAACACUGCCUCUUCCUCCGCCGCUGCAGCCCGACUCUGACACAGACCGGCAUGUGUGCAAACUGAGAGAGCCACAGAGAGAGAGACGCACGAUACCCUCCGUUUCGGUCCAGACGCACAACUUGUGUUCUGUGUUCCAUCCCCGCUGAGGACGGAAAUCAAAGGCGGUUGUGACACUGCGACGAGGCUUCUUUUGCCUUUUCUUCCCGCGGCGGGAUAAAGACUUGGAGGAAGGAUCGAAAACAAGGUCUGUCCCUGAUAACGUGACCACUGAGGGAAGAGAACACAGAACUGCUUCAUCAUGAAUUUUGUAAUGAAAGCUGCGAUGGGAGGAGGACCUCCUGAUGUGGGCAAGAUGCUGGGUGGAGAGGAAAAGGAGGAGGACCCCGAUGCAGCGAAGAAAGAGGAGGAGCGACAGGAGGCGCUGAGGCAGCAGGAGGAGGAGAGGAAGGCCAAAUAUUCCAAGAUGGAGGCAGAGAGGGAAAGUAUGAGGCAAGGCAUCAGGGACAAGUACGGCUUGAAAAAGCGCGAGGAGGCCGAGGCCGAGGCGGCAGCCGCCGCGGAGGAGACCGCGGCGGGCAGCUUGACCCGACCCAAGAAGGCCGUGCCGGCCGGCUGCGGCGACGAGGAAGAGGAGGAGAGCAUCAUGGACACGAUGAUGAAAUACCUGCCAGGCCCGCUGCAAGACAUGCUGAAGAAGUAGCUUAGCUGGCUAGCUAGCUAAUGCUAACAUUGUCUCGCUUAGUUCAUAGGCUACAUUCACAAGGUUGGCUUUAUAAUCAGGGUUGUUUUUCCAUCCAGGGCAUGAAAACAAAGGAAAAGAAAAAGUAGUUAAGAUAUGGCGUGGUCUCUUUGGGAGUUCAGAAAAAUAAAUGUUUCAUGUUGGGGAAAUGAUUCGGAUGCGAAGCCGCGGUGUGAAUCGCAGCCACUAGACUAAGCUAGGCCGACCACCAGCGGCCAGGUGAACGUGAGCUUGACCGAUGUUACCGUUAGCUAUGUUACACUUGAGAGGCUAGCAGCAGGCAGAGGGGAUGGGAGACACAACGUCGGAUGGUUUAGCCUUCUAGUCUGAGGGAUUUUAAACUGGUCCUCUCUCUGAAAUAGAAUCACCUCGAUCACUCAACUUGUACAUACAUAAAUUAAUACGUGAGAAUUAGCCGCAAGGCGGGCAAACAAUCUCAAAAAUACCAUAUGAAAUUAUUAUACUAACUGUGUGUCUGUCUCUAAAAAUAAGAAAAAUAUGUGAUAACUUGAUAAGCCAUAUUUUAAAAAGGAAAUUUAAAGACUUGUUGUGUGCUCCAUACUGUUGUGUGUUCGACCAUGUCUGGAAUUUAUGUCAAACCUUUUGCACACAGUGUCACACAUUACAUGUACAACCUUUUGUCCAUCGACCCGACACUCCUCCGGUGCCCAGCAUCAAAGUGUAAUAACAUUCAUGUAGUGUAGUGUUUAAAACUGUUUCUAUCCCCCUGGUCAAAGUGUUUCCUUCUUAUGUCUUGCAUGCCAUUUGUCUGGUCUGUUGUGUGGUUAUGUACAAACUCACACCCUUGCCCAUUUGAUCCUCUUCUUUGUCAUGCAAAAAAAAAAAAAUUAUUAAGGCAAUAACUCCUGAGUUUGAGUGUGUUUUCACUACCGUGUCAAUAUAACCGUUAAUAAUAUCAGCGAUUAAAAAAAGACAUGUAUGCAUUCAGGAAAUUUAAGUUAUAGAUGUGCAAGUUUCUUUUGUCGUCGUUUCUCCGUUUUGAUUAAGAAUGACCGUGUAGCCGUUCAUACAACAGCCAAAACCUUAACCUCUCAGCCAUAAACACAGAGCUUACAGUAUAAACUAUUGCUAUCAGGAUCUACUACUCGGGAGAGAAUGCUGAAAGACACUGUAUGAAUAGGUAAAAAUAUGAGUUUAUGAUUUUUAAGAUGUAAUAAGCAGCAUCAAUAAUUAAAGUGGACUGCAAAUCUGGAUUUUGGCUCGUGUGAAUAUUUCCAAAGAGAUGACUUUCCCUCAAUACACAGCGCUCGCGCGCACACACACACACACACACACACACACACACACAAUGUGAAAACAUAAUUCUAGUGUUGGUUUAGAGGUGACUGUGAGCCAUUGAUUGGAGGGGGUCGUGGAAUGCCAUUAGCAAUAAAGGAUUAUCAUGUAUAUUUCUGCCUGAGAUUCAAUAAAUACUUAAAACCUUGUUCACAGACA